CUAAGACCCGUCCUGACCGCUUCAUCCACAGUACUGGCCGUCUAUCAGCAAGAUGCCAGGCAAACCUGCCCCCAUCAAGAAGUCCCCAGCCAAGAAGGCUGCCGACAAGGCACCUGAGCCCGCCCCGGAGCCCGAACCCGCUCCUCCCGCAGAGGCUGCACCUGCGGAACGCGCUCCAGCCGAGGCUCCUCCGGCUGAGGCAGCAGCCGCACCCGAGGGAGAAGCGCCCCCCGCAGAAGCCCCAGCUGAGGAAGCCCCAGCUGCUGAAGGAAGCGCACCAGCUGAUGCCACAGCCACUGAGGAAGGAGCUGAUUCUACGACUCCAGCCGAGGCUGCUGCACCCGCUGCUGAAGAAGGUGCCGCUGCUCCCCCCGCAGAUGCUCCUGCCACAGACGCUCCCCCUGCAGACGCUCCUGCUGCAGAUGCUCCCGCUGCAGACGCUCCUGCAGAUGCUGCUCCAGCAGAAGCUGCCGUUGUAGAGGAGCUGCCAAAGGCCCCCACGCCCCCACCUCCUGCAGUCCCCACCAGUGCUCCUCUGGAAGUAUCAGUGGAGGAUGUGAAUGACUGUAGCCUCACCAUCAAAUGGAAGACCCCAGAGACCAUCGGAGACUCAGGCCUGGACGGAUACACUGUCGAGUACUGCAAGGAUGGAACAUCAGACUGGGUUGUAGCUAACGAGGAGCUGACCCCAGCUAACCACUACUGCAUCAAGAAUCUGACAGCCGGUGACCUGCUGCAUGCACGCGUGGUGGCUGUAAACCCCGGUGGCCGCAGUGAGCCGGGCGCACUUGCUCAAGCUGUGCCGAUCCGUGAAGUUGUUGAUCGUCCGAAGAUCCGCAUGCCCCGUGCCCUCAGAUCCUGCUUUGUCAAGCAGGUUGGAGAGCAGAUCAACCUGGUUAUCCCCUUUCUUGGAAAGCCCAAACCUAUGGUGUCCUGGCUUAAGGAUGGCCAGCCAUUGGAUACAAAGAGGGUCAACAUCAGGAACAGUGACAAGGACAGCAUCAUGUUUAUUCGUUCUGCUCAGAGGGAGGACUCCGGUGUUUACGAGAUGGCUAUUAAAGUGGAUAGCUUUGAAGACAAAGCCAACAUCACCCUUCAAAUUGUGGAGCUGCCCGGACCUCCUGCCAGUGUGAAGUUGGUGGAUGCCUGGGGCUUCAAUGCUGCUCUGGAAUGGACUGUUCCCAAAGAUAAUGGCAAUGCAGAGAUAACUGGAUACACCGUCCAGAAGGCUGACAUGAAGACAGGGGAGUGGUUCACGGUGCUGGAGAACUACCAUAGGCUAACCGCCACCGUCUCUGACCUCAUCAUGGGCAAUUCGUACAGCUUCAGAGUGUUCUCUCAGAACCGAGUGGGCAUGAGCGAGUCCUGUGCCGUCACCAAGCAGGUGGCCACCAUACAGAAGACAGGUAUUGUCUAUAAGCCACCUGAGUACCAGGAGCACGACUUCAGUGAGGCGCCCAAGUUCACCACCGCUCUAAGUGACCGGGCUGCCACCGUGGGAUACACCACCAAGCUGCUGUGCUCUGUUCGUGGAUGCCCUAAGCCUAAAAUUGAGUGGUUGAAAAAUCAGAUGGUCAUCGGCGACGACCCCAAGUACCGUCAGAUCUCAAAUCAAGGCAUUUGCUCCCUGGAGAUUCGUAAGCCCUGCAGCUUUGAUGGCGGCGUGUACACCUGUAGAGCCAAGAACGCCCAAGGAGAGGCCACCGUCUCCUGCAAGCUGGAGGUCAAACAGAUUAUUGUUCCAGAGGGUAACAAAGAGAAGGGCAAGUAAACCAACAACCAAACCUCCACAGUGCCUUUCAAGGACCAGCAGAAGUCCAGGUCUUAUGUUGUAAGAGUGUUUGGCAGGUGUAAGAAAAGGUCGUGGCUGGCUGUGCAGCAGUUUGUACAUAAUGAAAAAGAGGACAGAUCAACAUACCAACAUACCCCACCCACACAUCGCAGACUCACCAACUCCUCCCAGUACGCAGGGAAGACCCACGCCACCCAACCCAUCCCAGUUUGCCAAAGCGUUGUAUGUUAUUUUAGCUGGUGACUUGUAUGUAAGGCUAAAUAUACCCUGUGUUUUUCUGCCUAUGCCCAUGUGCUGUUUGUUACAGUAUAUAUACAGUAUGUACUACCUAAUAAAACAGUGAGUCCUUGGAUAUGCUAUUGCAAUGACUGUAUGGAUGUGCAAUAAAAUGUAUUUUACUAUGUAUUAUGUGUAUUUCUACACAAAUUGCAGGAGACUGUAUCAUGCUUAAUAUAAAUGCUACAGAUAGUUUGAGGCUGGAAAAAACUUAAAGGGAAAGUUUGUCCAAAUAAAAAAAUCUAAACAUGCA